AUGGACCUCACGCCCACUACCACGGCGACGCUCGCGGACAGUGGUAGCACCUAUGAUUGUAGCACUCUGAGCACCAUCGAAGACGGCAUUAACACUCCUUCCACCAGCCAUCGACCAGACAAUAGUUUUCAGGGCGCGCCGACGAGCAGCGUAGCCUCGUCCGAUCCCACCGGGACGCCGCUGGCACCAGAGCCCACUAUCUUGCUGAACCAAAUCCAGCAGGCUGCCGAAGAUCUUUCGCAGCUCGUUGGACGAUUUGGACCUAAGAUGCCACGAACGUUCCAGAGACCCUCCAUCAAAUAUGCGCUCUUCGCGGAUCCCAAACUGCUUCGGCUACCGUGCUUAAAGGUUUUGCGCCAACCCGAUUGA